AAGAGGACGUAAGGUUUCGUUUCUGCAUCUCAGCUGAGAGCGUCUCCAAAGAUCACUGAUCAGCCAUUGAUCUGUAAAUGAUUGAUCUGAGGUCAGCGUUUCUCACUGAACGACCACUCAGUGACCGAUCAGUCGGCGCAUAAUCGUUUCUUCAUCUUCAUCGGUGUGUACUCUGAGGAAGAGGAGGACUGUUUCCUGUAACAUGACUGAAGGAAGCAGCGCUCUGCUCAGGAGGCUGCAGCAGCUGCAGUGUCACUUCACCUGGGAUCUGAAGAAGGACGUGGACCUGAAGAACCUCAGCACUCGACUACAGGACCACAUAAAACUGCAGCUCGGCCAGCGCGGGGCAGUGGCUCGAUCAUACAGCUUCUUGGCUUAUGUCAGGUAUCUUCAGAAUCAACGAGAGGAAGCGCUGUCACUUUUAAACCAAUCAGAGGAGACCAUCAGGGAGCGUCAUGGGGAUGAGAGUGAGAGGCGGCUGAUUGUGACGUAUGGAGACAUGGCCUGGCUGAAAUAUCAUGCUGGAGACUUUGCACAGUCACAAAGCUACUGUCAGAAAGUCGAGGACAUGCUGGUGAAGUAUCCCACUGGUUCAUCAGCAAGUCUCCUUCCAGAGGUCUACGGAGAACAAGCCUGGACCUACCUCAAGUUGUCAAAAUCUUACUACUUACAAGCCGUUGACAGUUUUCGUAAAGCACUUGAGACACAGACUGAUGACAUUGAGUGGAACGCCGGCUACGCCAUCGCCCUCUUUCGCACAGAAGAGUGGGUUUUAGAAAACUUACAGGAAACUGAGGAGCCUCCAUCCAUCAAACAGCUUCACUUUGCCCUGGAGCUCAACCCCGAUGAUGCUGUUCUGCAGUCCAUGCUGGCCGUGAAGCUCGGAGCCUAUAAGAAAUAUGAAGAAGCUGAGGGUCUGCUGAAGAAAGCACUGAAAACUGAUCCUGAUAACCCUCAUGUCAGCCGCUACGUAGGAAAAUACUUUCGUAAUCAUCAUCAACUGGACGAGUCUAUUGAUAUGUUGGAGCGAGCGUUGAAGAGGACCACCCAGUCAUCUUUCAUCCACCACCAGCUGGCGCUGUGCUACAAGAGGAAGAAGAUUGCUGAGCAGAGCCACAAGCCCUUCAGCAACCAAAGAGAGGUGCGGUACUGGAGGCGUUCUUGUAUUCGUGAAUUUGAAAUGGCUGUUAAGAUAAAGCCGUCCUUUCAUCUUGCGUGGGCUGACCUGGCACUGCUGUAUGCAGAGGAAAGGAAUUUCAGAAGGGCAGAGGAGAUUUUCCAGCAGUGCUUGUUGAAGUUACCAGAGUGUGAUGAAAGCCUUUCUCAAGCUAUCCAUCAGCGCUUUGGUGACUUUCAUUACCAUCACAAAAGAAAUGAAGCUCAAGCCAUCGUUCACUACACCAAGGGUCUCCUGAUACCACUGAAGAAAUAUGAGAAGAAAAUCUGUGCUAAGAAACUCAAGAAGAUCGCUGAGAGACGUCUGUCAAGGAAUCCGGGUGAUGGCGAAGCUCUUGCUCUGCUGGGUCAGGUGGCCAGAGCUGAGGGCAACAGGAAGGAAGCUGCUGAGUUUUAUGAGAAAGCUCUGAACUGUGACAAGGACAAUGAAGAGUACCUGUCUGCUCUGUGCGAGCUGCGCCUGGAGCUGCAGGGAUCAUCCUCUGAUUAAUCAUGAUCAAUGCACCGCUGUUACAUCAUACUUCAGCCCGCUGAAUGUGGACUUGAUCCAUGUGCUUUCAGAACUGCACAACCUUAACAAAUGGGCCCUUCAUACCUUUCUGUUAGGUAUUAAAUUAUAAACCAUGAAGAAGUUUAUGUCCAGGUCUCUGCUCAGAUACACUUUUACAUAUUAAUUUAAACUGUUACAAAGAAAACCAUUUCUGUUGAUUUUAAUAAAAAUGAAGCUAGCAGGGUUCAAAUUUGAGUAAGCGGGUCAAAGAUUGUAGAUUAACACAUAAAAUCUCAGAUCACUUUUCAGGUUCACAUAUUUUCUGUGUUUUUACAUGUCUGUAAUGUUUGUUAUAUACUUGUAACAGCAGGUCAGUGCUAGCAUCACAAGCAGCUGUGGGAUGUGAUGUCAUCAUAAAAAAAGAGAUUUCAGGGUCAUGAGAGUCAUUUUCUAUUUUAAAUAAUAUUUUCAUCUUUUACCUUUAACAAAAAAUGUGUACAGGCAGAGGUCACUGUGACUCUGGAUCUACAGCUGAUGCUCGGCAUCUUCCAGAUGUUCCAGCUGUGCUUCACAUUAAGAAAUGAAACCUUUUCUAACUUUAUUUAAACACGUCCAUGUGAACAAGGCUCUGCAGCUUACCUGUGAGCCACCUUCUCACAGGGGUUACACUCACACAUCAUCACAUCAUUUAGGACACUUAAAGCUGCAGUUCACCUGAACCUUACCUGGACAACUGAGUAUGUGUGAACACAGGAUACACGAGUGUUACAUUAUUAUAACGUUUCAGUCAGAAUAUUCUGAAAAUUACAGAGGGAUCUUACCACACACUCACACAGGUUACCUUGUAAUGUUGAUCCAACCGAGAAUAUCAGGCAACCAUCAACAUCAUAGCGGUGAAAGAAGAAUUUUGUGAAAGAGCAAACAAGCUUGUGGCUUUACAGCACUUUAAAGUGCUGUUAGUUGUUUUAGUGUUGCUGACAGUGAAGACAGCAAGGUAGGUGAGUGCUGUGUUAGGAGGGGAGGCUGGGUGCCUAUAUUAGGGUUAGAGUCAGGGUAGAGAGGGACUGGGAUUAGUAACUGUGUCCCUGUUGCUGUCCCCUAUCAUAACCUCCAAUG